UCCAGGAUGGUGAUCAACGCGCUCAGCUGCCUGCUCAUGUUCCAGUUUGAGGACGUCCAGUGGAACUAUGACGUAAAGACCGACCGAGAGAUGCCAGGGAAGAAAAAGGAGCAGCGCAGAGCRUCCCCGAGCAAGACGCCGGUUCACGUUCUGCGAGUGAAGCGCGGCAAAGUCAGUCCGAAGAUGUAUCCGCUUCCUCUGGAGACGAAAGAUGCUGACCAGCUCAUGCUGUCUUACUUGAUCUGCUGCCGGUCACCCAAAGGCUGUGCAAUAUCUCAAACUCUCCGCCAUGAAAUGAUGAAAUCAGCAGCUCGGCAGUCACCGCAGAAUGCGCUCAAGAGCACAGCAGCUUUCAACGCUCAGGAGCCGAAAAACCUUUUCAUUACGGAUAAGCCAAAGCCCCACAUGGUUGGCUUAGAAAAGUCAUAUUCUGCAAGAACAGGGCCAGAUGCUGAAAGUGAAUACGGCUCUUCCCUCUACGCACCCGGUGACAGGAGAGAAGCCGCUCUGCAGCACAAGAAAAGCUGCRCGCUGUCCCCUGACCAGAUCCUCCUAACUGUCCGUGCGCUGCAGAACGGCUGCAAGUCGGCUCCGGUYGGCUCCGGGGUGAAGCGCGUGCCAGCAGGCGCAGGGGAACCUCCACGGUGCCAGCAAGAACGCCCUGAAAAAAAGCAAAUACCCAAAACCCUGCCACAACACAGAAAGGAUCAGACAGCUGAGCUCCAGCGCAUGAGAUCUAACAGUGACUCUCUGACCAUGAAAAGAAUUUCAACCCCCUUUGAAAGAAAAAGGCUGCGGCUCAAGCUAAUAAACUCUCUGCACGGGCCCCUGGUGAAGUCCUCCAUUCCUGCUCCGUCCAUCGUACGCCCCACGUCGCACUGCGGAGCGCUGGAAGAAAGGCAAGCUCCRCGCGGCUCCGGGAGGGUCACCGGCCUUCCCGAGGCUGGGGCUCAGCUCAUCGGCCGCUUCACAACGUCCUCCGACCCAAUCAAAUCAACCCCCAUGGUCAUGCAAGUGAAAACAGAGGCCGUUGCCAGGAAGAAAAGGCCCUUCCUUCAGUACGCGGCAGACCCUUACCGGGUUAACAGCGGGUUCCGGCUCCUGACGAGAAAGCAGCAGGCGGCGUAUCAGGAAGCGACGACGGUUCAGUACCGGGCAAAGCAGACGAAGCUCAUAGAGGACCGACAGCGAGAGUGCAAGAAGGCCUGGGCCAGGAAAAUUAGAGGUCUUCCAAUAGGUUCCUUUACCAAGGAGGGGAAAAUCCCUGCUCCUGAACUUGGCCUUAAUAUGUUUAUCUGA